UACAAACAGUGAGUCCAGUACAUUCUCCACAAGACUACCUUCUGGACCUUCCUGUGAAGCCACAGUAGAUGCACGAUUCUGAUUCUGUUGCAGGCAACCCCUGAGGAAUCCAGACAUGGCCUCCUAGGAAGGAGCAAGGCCCCUCCCCAGCCAUCCGAGCCAGGACCUUCCCAUGCGGGCCACCCUUCGCCCGGGCCUAUGGAGCUGUGAGAACUGUGUUGCCCAGAGGACCUUACGCAGCGCGACGUCAGUGUGGAGCCAAUGAAGGUCCAGGAAAGGGGUGUUUGCGUGUGUGCCAUCGCUUCAGGGCGGGACUUCAGGCAUCCACGUGACUGCCCUCUGGCCCGUUUUCUGCACGGCGGCCGGGGAGUGCUGGGUCAGGACCGAGGGGGCUGGACCAAGUUGGCACAAGAGGAGGAGUCCAGACCACACAGAGGCGGGACCAGACCCCUGGGCAGCUCCGGGCCCCACUGCGCCCACAGAGGCCGAUGGCGGCGGCCCUGAGCGGCCCGGCCCAGGGCAGCGUGACCUUUGAGGACGUGGUUGUGUACUUCUCCUGGGAGGAGUGGGGGCUCCUUGAGGAGACUCAGAAAUGCCUGUACCAUGAUGUCAUGCUGGAGAACUUUGCACUCGUGACCUCACCGGGUUGUUGGUAUGGAAUGGAAAAUGAGAAGACAUUUCCUGUGCAGAGUGUUUCUGUGGAACAAUUGUCAGCAUUGGACAAGACUCCAAAUCCAGGUCAACCCGUGCAGAAAACUCACCCCUGUGAGAAGUGUGUCCUGCUCAGGAGAGACAUUUUGUGUGUGGUUGAGUACCAGGGCCACCAUCCUGGGCUGAAAUCACACACCUGUGAGGCCUGUGGAGACCAUUUCUGGCUCACUCCAAAUUUUCACCAGCACCAGAAGUGCAACGAUGAGAAAUUAUUUGGGACAGACAAGGCCUCAUCAGGAACAAGCUGCAAAUUCCACGUAUCAGAGAAGCCCUUCACCUGUCGGGAAAUUGGGGAGGACUUCCUGGCCAUGCUGAGUCUUCUCCAGCAUCAGGCCACUCUCAGAGGGGCGAGGGCAAAGCCCCACAGCAGCUUCAAGGGUGGUGAGAAUCACAAGUACAGUGACUGUAGCAGCUCCGAAUACAAACUUUUCCAACAUCAGCAAAUUCCCACUAGAGGAAGCUACUAUGACUGUGACAACUGUGACAAACCCUUUAACCAAAGUUCCAUCCUUAGUAAUUGCCAGAAUGCUCACACAGAAGCCAGGUCCUAUGAGUGCAGUGACUGUGGGAAAUCUUUUAGCCAAAGCUACAACCUGAUUCAACACCACAGAAUUCACAGUGGGGCACGGCCUUAUAAGUGCAGUGAAUGUGGGAAAGCCUUCAGCUUCAAAUUCAGGCUCGUUCAGCACCUGCAAAUCCACACUAGAGUAAGGCCGUAUGAGUGUGGGGAGUGUAGAAAAUCCUUUAGCUACAGUUCUACGCUCAUUAAACACCAGAGAGUUCACACCGGAGCCAGGCCUUAUAAGUGUGGUGAAUGUGGGAAUUCCUUCAGCCAAAGCUCCAACCUCAUUCAACACCAGAAAAUUCACAGUGGAGCACGGCCUUAUAAAUGCAGUGAAUGUGGCAAAUCCUUCAGCUACAAAUGCAAACUUGUUCAGCACCUGCGAAUCCACACUGGAGAAAGGCCUUAUGAGUGUGGGGAAUGUGGGAAAUCCUUCAGCCACCGCUCUACUCUCAAUCAGCACCAGAGAAUUCACACUGGAGCCAGACCUUAUAAGUGUGAUGAGUGUGAGAAAUCCUUUAGCCAAAAGUCCAAUCUCAUUCAGCACCGCAGAGUUCACACAGGAGAAAAGCCUUAUGAGUGUGGGGAGUGUGGGAAGUCCUUCAGCCAAAGCUCCCACAUCAUUCAGCACAGAAAGCUUCAUACCAGGUGACCUCAUCAAUGUGACAAGUGUGGGAGGAAUUCCAUAUGAAGGAAGACUUCACAACCACUGUACUUUAACAAACAAUGGAAAAGUCUUCAUUUCAUCUAAAGGUCUAACCUUGUUUGGCUCCAGAGUCCAAACAGAGGAGAGGCCACAGUCCUGCAGGGAGCAUGGGAUGUCUUUGUUCAGCAUACAUAAUAGAGCUAGGGCAUCUUUGUGAGGGAGCCAUCUUGCUUGAAGUUGAGCCUCCUGCCUCUUGAACAGCCACAGCGAGGAUCCCCCUUAAGUUCUAGGAGUAUGGGAAUCUUUCAGGAGCCUUUUAUAGGCCACCUCACCUCUUUAACACUUAACAGGUUCUUUCGGCCACUCCUGUAUGAUCAGGCAAGGCAGAUGUCUUGUUCUCUCUCCCGUUCCCUGGAGAACAUUACAAAGUAGUAGCCUUCAGAGUAGCUGCAUUCAGGGCAUGGUCUGCAGUUUGAAAAGAUUUACCAUUUACCAGUUCUCUGUCUUGCAUUGUUGCCCAAGGCCUCCUAGGAGAAAGGAAAAAGCACCACAGGGCUUUGUUCUAAUUUCUGGCCCAGAUACCAGGAUUUCUGUGGACCAAGAGGUCACCUGGAUGAGGGUGUAUUUGUCAUGGCAACCCUCUGGUGCUUCCACAAAUAGAAAGUAGUUUCAUAAGUGCUGAGCACUAUUGUGUGGGGAUGCUGUUCCCCAGGGUACUGCAAAGGAAUCAUGUGCCUUCAUGUGUGCAGUUUGGGUUUUUUUGGUGUCGCUGGUUGUAAGACUACAGGGGCCAGGCUGAAACCGUAACUUGUGCAGAAACACUGGAUGAUAAUGGUGGAGAACGGCAACUAGAGCGGAUGUGGCUCUGUGGAAAGAGUAUGUAUUUACCUGUGUUCUUCCUGUACUUUAGGCCGUUUUUCAAAAGAAAGCUUUGUUUAUUCUUAGAAUCUAAUUGCUACAUAGACAAGAAAGGAUAGGUGAGAGAGAGGUCCUCAGGUCCACGGAUGGAGUGUGUGUGACCCACAAUCAUCUUGUUCAUUAAUAGUUCCAAUCCUUGAUGUAGAACACGAGAGACAGAUGGAAUCAAUCUAACCUUCUAUUUGAACGAGUUACGUGCAAACUGCACGUUUACCAUAUGAGUAGUUUGAAACCAUCAAAAUUCUGAUAAUGCAAUUUCUUACAUUGUAUCUAUCCUGAGCUCUUUUAGUCUCUCUCUUAUCUCACCUGACCUCCAGGUAACUAUGACUUGACUUCUCUCACAGUAACAGAAAAAUCCUAAAAUGUUUGCUUUUUAAAGCUUCAUGCUGUGUAAUUUUUUUUGAGAUUAAGAUUGCUUAUAUGAAUUUUUGUUACUGAAUAAGUGCUGUAUGUAUGACAUACCACAAUUUGCUUACCCAUUUCUUGAGAAUGUGUGACAGAUGUGUGAUGAAGCCCUAAGACUCCUUUUCCUCCUCCUCUGUGGCUGUUCUUGUCUAAUAACCUAGCCCUCCAGUAGUACUGGAUUAUGUCUGUAUUAUUGGACUGUUUACUUAGAAUCCCAUAUAUCAAUAAAACCAUAAAGUUCCAUAAUCUCAGAAUCAGAGUCCAUUUCUAACCCUCUCUGAGGAGGAGUCUUUCAUAAUUUCAGUGCUAUAGUAAAAGAUAUGAUGAAAACAACAUAGUAAGUGUUGGAUUAUUUAAAAUUAUCUGCAAAUAUAAUUAAACAAGUUGUGCUUAUAAAAAAAAAAAGUCCCUCCUAAACCAGUUUUAUAAUUUUACCAUCUUGUCAGCAAAACUGAAAAUACAUAUUUGAUACGUGGUUUUAUUUGGAAAACCAGAUAUGCAACAUUUGUUGCAAUAUUGAGAAAAUUACUUAGAAUUAUGUAAACUGAUUAGGAUAAUACAGGGCUGACAUGUAAUGGGUAGAGAGAGUGCUGGAGCAGCAUGAAUAUGCUGAGUUAAUAUUGCCCAGUAGUUGCUGGGAAUUUGCACACAAGAAACAUGGUCUUUUCAAAGUGUAGAAAUAAUCUCCCUGCUCACACACCACAGUGGCCACUGGGGCCUUGACACUAUGACUCCCACCGAGAACCAGAGCAGUUGUGUUUCACAGCCCUGGUCUGGUCGGGGAGGUGACCGCUGCUUGUGCUGGAAGAAGGUGCCAUGUAACCUGGAUCUGCUGUCCCAGAGGUCACCUCAUCCUGUCCCCUCAGUUCUUUUGUCUUUUUUCCUCUCUUUUAGGUCAUUUCAUAGCAAAUAUAACAGGAACACUGACUUUGUCUCAUGUUCAACUUUGCUGAACUCAUCAGUUCCUCGUAUUUCCUAGCUCGGAGACCAUGUUGUGACUGAAUAGUGAUACUUUUACUUCUCUUCUUUCCCAAUCCUCUCCUGCCUAGUUACCUGCCUGCUGUGUUGACUAGAAGUGCCAACAAAGAGCAACAGCAGAGAUUCCCCUCCCAGCCUUUUUCUUGGUCUUGGGGGGGCACAUCCCCUACUUCACCACUUAAGAAGCUGGGUAAGCUGAGGUGUUUCAUUAGUGUCCUUAAUUUGGCUGAGGAUGUUCCCUCUACUUGCGGUUUGUUGAUUGUUUUAAUGUAUGGGAUUGGACUUCCGUCAGAUGCUUUCUUCUGCCCACAGAGGUGAUGGAUUUUUAAACCUACUGAUGUAAUGUGCCUUAAUUGCAUUUAAAUACUGCCUAACCAUAAUGUACAACCUUUUUAAUAUAUAUGUCACUGGA